AUGCUCAGCGCCUUUCCCGUCCAGCGCGAGUUCAGCAACAUGAGCAGCCUGCACAAGGCGCUGCGCGUGUCCGAGCCCACCGGGAUCCAGCGCUUCAGCUACUUUAUCUCGGUGCCGCUGCGGUACGGCCUCCCAUUGUACGGCACCUCAGCCCUGCUGCACUGGCUCAUCUCCCAGAGCCUCUUCUUGGCACGCAUCACAGCCGUCCUUCAUAUUGGGCUGAUGGCGGUAGUCGGGAUUGUGCUCAUCGGCUUCCGCACCUACGACGGAACGAUGCGGAUGGUCUCCAUAGACAGCGGGGCCAUCAGCGCGGCCUGCCACGCUCUGGAAGGAGGCUGGGAGAGUGGCUAUGUGCUCCCGGUGGAGUGGGGUGUUUUCAAGAGCCGACCAGGUGUCGGCAAGUGCGCCUUCACAACUGCGCCAAAGCACGAGAUGCGCGAUCCCGUCCCCGGGAGUUUUUACAUUUAG